GAUACAAGAAUCAAUAGAGAGUUUCGCGUUGUUAGAGACAACAGAACCAAUCAAAAUCCAAAUAGAGAGACAAAUCCUCCUUCAGUGCAGAUUUUAAUGCAUGGAAAUGAGCCAGUGAUCUCCAAUGCUUCUGAAAACAGUUUGACAGGGACUUCUGGCAAUCAAAAGACCCCUGUUGGCCACCAUUCAUCACAAUCUCUAAAUGGGCCAACUGAUUCGCAACCUAGGCAGGCCAGGGAUGGUUUUUCAAGUGGUACUCAUAGGAAAGAAUUAUUGGAGGCGAAAUGGUCUUUGGUUCCAAAUACGGUUUUGCGGGUGCAAGCUGCGAAGCCAAAUGAUUCUCAACCACAUUCUAUGAUGUCAUCGAACAACUCAGUGGUGGGCGUGUAUCCAUCUUCUUCAGAUCCUGUUCAUGUGCCGUCUUUUGAUUCCAGACCAGCUGCUAAUGUUGGGACUAUCAAGCGUGAAGCUAGAGUCGUGGGUGUACGCCGUCAGCCUUCUGAGAAUUCUGUGAAGUUUUCAUCUGCACAAACCAGCUCUCUUUCGAAUUCACCUAGGGGGCGGGAGGCCACCUCUAGAGAACCAAUACGAUACUUUACUUCCAUUUCUAAAGGUGACCAACCCAGUCACACAGCCGUAUCUGAAUCAGCUGUUUCUAGCAUGUCACUCACCAGACCGUUCUUGAGCAAUCAAUACAGUAGCAGACCACAUCAGCAACCUUUGGGUCAUCAGAAAGCCCCCCAGCCUAAUAAGGAAUGGAAACCAAAGUCAAGCCAAAAAAUAAGUGUUAUUGGUUCCAGGGAUAUUGGAAGACCUGCAGAAUCUGUUUCUCCACCUGCUGUUACUUCUAAGAAUUCAGAAACAGAGGCAGCUCAGUUGCAAGAUAAAUUUUCACAAGUAAACAUCUCUGAGAAUCAGAACGUGGUCAUUGCAGCACAUAUUCGUGUCUCUGAGACUGACCGCUGUCGCCUGACCUUUGGCAGCUUGGGAACCAAGUUUGAGUCUUCCAGGAGUUCAGGGCCUCGAGCAGUUUUGGAUGUAGAAGAAUCAUCUGUUGAACCAGCUGCAAGGUUAUCGGCAUCUGCUUUAGAAAAUUCUGGCGAAGAAACUUCUCGUAGCAAGCAGGUGGAUGUAGUAGAUGGCCAUGUUCGAAAUUCUGGAUCCAAUUCUCCCGCAUCUGGUUCAGCAUUUGAACAUCAAUUGGCUGAUAACAAGGAAUCUUCAAGUCAACAGAAUUUGGACGACUAUGCAGAUAUUGGAUUGGUUCGAGACAACAGCCCAUCCUAUACUCUUUCAGAGUUGCAACAUCAGCAAGAUCCUCCUGAAUUACCCAGUUUUUCAGCAUAUGAUCCUCAGACUGGUUAUGAUAUACCAUAUUUCAGACCUACAGUUGAUGAAUCUGUCAGGGGGCAGGGUCUGCCAUCUCCUCAGGAGGCCUUAAUCUCUCACGCAGCGAAUAGCAUCGCUGCAUCAACAAUAGCCAUGAUACAACAACCAGUGGCCCAGAUGUAUCCACAAGUUCAUGUUUCCCAUUUUGCUAAUCUUAUGCCAUAUCGUCAGUUCCUCUCCCCUGUUUAUGUUCCACCGAUGGCCAUGCCUGGCUACUCUGGUAACCCUGCCUACCCGCACCCCUCAAAUGGCAACAGUUACUUGCUGAUGCCUGGAGGUAGCUCCCAUCUGACUGCAAGUGGCCUGAAGUAUGGAAUGCAGCAAUUCAAGCCUGUCCCCACUGGCAGUCCCACUGGGUUUGGAAGUUUCACGAGUCCAACUGGUUAUUGUAUGAAUGCUCCUGGUGGUGUUGGUAAUGCAACAGGACUUGAAGAUUCAUCUCGACUGAAGUACAAAGAUGGCAAUCUGUAUGUCCCAAAUCAACAGGCUGAGACAUCAGAAAUAUGGAUGAAUCCGAGGGAUCUUCCUAGUUUGCAAUCAGCUUCAUACUACAACAUGCCGACACAAACACCUCAUGCUGCAUAUUUGCCAUCUCACACCGGCCACGCAUCUUUCAGUGCAGCAGCUGCUGUAGCACAAUCUUCUCAUAUGCAGUUCCCAGGCUUGUACCAUCCUCCUCCACAGCCUUCUGCAAUUGCCAGUCCUCAUCAUAUGGGCCCUGCUAUGGGUGGUAAUGUUGGAAUUGGAGUUGCUGCAGCGGCUCCUGGAGCCCAGGUUGGUGCCUAUCAGCAACCUCAAUUGGGUCACCUGAAUUGGACAGGGAACUUCUGAAACAUUUUCAAUCUGGGUCCUUUUCUUGUAAGGAUUGAGUUUAGAUGUAAAAGCUCUUUUGGUUUUCUUUGUGGAAUGAGAACGCCUUCUUUUCUAAUCAAUG